GUUGUUUUCAAUAAUAAUAUUCAUAACGAUAAUCAAUUUUCGGUACUUGUACAUGUGUCGUGUAUGUGUUUACUAUUAAACAUAAUAAAUUAAUAUCAAAACAAUACUUCAAUAACGGACACUCAAAUUCGGAGUUUUAACUCCGAAUUUAAGUUCCAUAAUAAUUGUGAUUAAUUUCUUUGUAUCUUAUAAUUUUUUUACUUUACACUUCUAAGUUAGUCUAUAGGUACUUUUAACAAAAUGUCCUGUCAGAUUCCCCGUCAUGUAUUGCAACGCGUCAGUGAUCGUAAAACAAGGAAACUAGCUGUUGAUGAAUCUGACCCAACAUCAUCGGACACUGAUAUCAUGUUAGAUUCUAAAUUAGAUAUAAUUGAAGAUUCACAAUCACCACUGAAAGGAUACAGAGACCUAUUUGGUGAAUUUAUACCGUACAAUACACCUGUAAAUAGUGCAAAUAAUAUGGCACCUAAAAACAAAUUAGUAAAUAAAACACAAGUAAAAAAAAAAAAGAACCAGUCAUGUGAGAAAAAUAAGAAAACUAAUCCGAAAAAAAGACAGCCAAGAAUAUUUCCUACUCCAAAAAUAAUCAAAAUAAUGCAGAAUGCGCAAACAGAAUUAUAUUCCAUAAUGGGUCACAGUAGUGUAAGCUCAAGUGACAGUUCCAGAGAAAUAUCAGUUGAAUCCAAUAACAAUCUUAAUGUUAGUGGAAUUCACCAUUUACUAAAUAGUCCAACAUCAAGUAGUAAACGUAAUACAAAUUGUGAAGUUCUUAAAGGUAAAUUUGAUAACUACACAUUUUAAAAUGUAAGUUGUACCCUUAACAUUUAUCCUUAAAAAUUUAAAACCCAACCAAUUAAUUUGUAUAAUUUAAUUAAUUAAAUACACUUUAAAUAAUAUUAUAGCUGAAAUCAGUCUUCGAUUGAGUAAUUUUGGCCAGUCGUGCUUAACAUCCAACUAGUUCAAUUAAAUGGCUUAAUUAUAAGAGUAUUUGGCAUAUCGUCAUCCCAAAAAACAAAAUUGCAAGGAAUUGAUUAGUUUUUGGCUCCCUAAAACCUAUCACCUAAUUUACAAGUUUUAACCCCUAUCACAAGAAUUCAGAUUUAAGUAUGACCAACUAAAUCACCAACUAAUCGAUCUCAUCCAAACAGUGCCAUUCAUUAAAAAAGAUGGAAAGGUAUGAUGUAUUCAACACAACAAGAAGAGUCUAAUGACUAAUAAUAAACAAUAAAUUAAAAAAUCUUAUUAUUUUCACAUUUUAUUUAUAAAACAUCUGUUUGGUAUGGCUAAAUAUGAUACAUUAUUAUAAUUACCAGUACCAGACCAAUUGAAUAACUAAGCUACUAGCCUUUUGUAAUAAGCAUGAUUGCACGCCAACCUAAUCCACCCUUAAUAAGAUUGAUGUAAUUUGAUAAUUUAAAUGUACAAUAAAUUCUCUUUACAUAAUGUUCUUAAAAUUAAAAAUAUCAUUAUAUACAAUGAACAUCAUAGUGGUCAAUUAGCUAAAGAUGAAUAUAUAAAAUCUAAACAAAUAACGUUUUAAAAGGGUCAAUACUUUAAAUGUUUUUGAAAUAUAGUAUUAGUUUACAAUUUUUAUAUUAUUGUAUUAACUCUUGUACCCAUCUUUUCAUAAAUCUUUUAUUUUUUACUUCUUUAUUAUUAUAAUAGCUAAUAUCAAAACAAAUGUAAUUUAUAAGUUGAAACAAUAUAAAUGAAAAUUAAAAUUUAUGUAAAACAUUUCUCUUAAAUUAAAAUUUAAUGUUUUAGACAAAUUUGAUGUUAUUAUCCAUGUUAAUACACCAAGGUUAAAUAGUGUGCAUUUACUGUUAAUUUAGGCUUGCUUAAGAAGACAUUCACUUAAAUAAUAUGUAUAUUAUUAUAUGUGUAAUAAUCCUUAUGUUUUAGGAGUUUUUGCAUUUGUUGACUAUAAAUUGAAUGGUGGAUGCUGUAAUAAAGGAAUACAAGAUCAACUUUUUAAAUUAGGAGCCCAAGUUGAAAAGACAUUCAAUCUCAAAGUAAUAUUACUUAAUAAAUUAUUAGAAGUUGAAUAUAUUAUGUUUUAUGCUAUCUUAUUUUUAUUAAAGGUAACACAUAUAGUGUUUCGUGAUGGAAAUCCUAAAACAUAUGAUAAAGCAAUAGAACGUAAUAUUCCGCUGGUUUCUGCAAGAUGGGUGCACAACUCUCGAGUAGCUAAUAAGAUAUUGGAUCCAAUUGAUUAUCCACCUGUUGACAUAGAAAAAUUUAAAAAGCCGCUGGGAUCAACUUACAAUAUUACUGUAUGUUGAUUCAAAUGUUUAAUUCUUAUAUUUAAUUAUCAAUCUAACAUUAAUGUAUAAUACCCAUUGUCAUUAAUGUUUUUAUUCACUUAUGUACCUAUAUCCUAAUCAAAUAAUAUUCAUGAGAUUAUUUAUUUUAUUUUCAGAAACACAAUACACUACAACAAACUGUUAGAUUAGAUAAGAAAGACCAAAUGUUUAAAAAAAAACGUGAUGACCUCGUAAAGCAUGUAAAUAAUUUUCCGGUUUACCUUGAUGAAAAUAAUGAAAACUCUACUAUAUCAAAAACUUCAAAAAAACAAAAUCCAUUAAUUGAACGAGUAUGUUUUUUCUACCAUAUACAUACAGGGUGUCCCGCGAAAAUAUUCCCGUUACAAUAUCGCCUAAGAUAAUAAAGUAAAAUUCUGGAUAUGGACUACAAAUAUUUAUAAUUUAAUUAAAUUAUUAUGUUUUGAUAAAAAUAACUUUUUACUUUAUUAUUUUUGAAAAACUUGAAGUAACCAUUUUAUAAAGUUUAUUCUUCUGGAAUUUUUGAAGUAUCAACUUUUUAUUUUCAUUAAGUUUGUGAUUUUUAAUAAUUUUUUAAAUUUCAGAAAACAAUACCUACCUAUAAUUAUGCUGUAGUGUGUAAUCGCAUUUGCUAAUUGGUUAUUAUUAUCAAAGCUAAUUGAAUUUACACUUUAUUUAUCUAAACUUUUAAAAUUAUUAAAAAUCAUGAAUUUAAUGAAAAUAAACUAUUUAUGGCAAUCUUUAAUUUUUUAUGAAAACAAAAAAAAUUAAUUUAAAUAUAAAUAUUUCUAAUCAUUAUUUUUAUGAACAAUAUAUAAAAAAAAAAUUGUUUAUCUUUAUUAUUUCCAAAGGUUACAAUUAUAAUAGGUAUACCUUCGUGUGACACCCAGUGUAUAGCUAGUUGUACUUUUUAAAAUACUAAAUAAUUAGGUAUUAUAAUGUAAUUAUUGUACAAUUAUAUAUAGAGACCGGAUAUGUUCUUAAUAUCGAUAAAAAGCACUUGAAAAUAAUCACUUAAAAAAUAUAUAAAAAUGCAAAAUUAAUAACAGGGGUUUAGUAGUCACCUUCUAACAAAUUUAAUUUAUAAAUACAAUUUUCUAACACCACCAAAGUGAUUAAUAAAAAGUAAUUUUUUUUUUUAUAAUACGUACAAUUUUAUUUAAAAGAAAUUAUUUUGUAUGAAUCAAUUUUGUAGUCUUAGGAAAUUAAAUUAAGUUAGAGCCAUUAAUGGGGGGGACUUUUAAACUCCUCUAUUAUGUUUGCUCUUUUUUAAAUGUUUUAAAGGGCCUUUUAGUGGAUUAUAAGAGAAUAUAAAUCCAGUCUAUUUAUAUAUAUAAUAUAUAUAUAUAUAUUUUUUUUUAGAUUGAUUCUCAAAAAACCAAUGAUAAUAUUAUAACCAUUUUAUCAGAUCAGUUAUGUAAAGUUUUAAAUACCAAUGAUAGUCCAAUGCCAAAUAAAAACAUUGAUGAGCUAUAUUUACCAAUGUCAAUUAAACAAUUGAGGAAGAUUCUCACACCCAGUGAAAAGGAAAACAAAACACCAACAAAAUUUGACAGUGACUUAGUACAAAUUGAAGAUUGUCUAAAUUUAAAUAGCCAAGCUAGACGACGGUUACGUAAACUAUUAUUUCCAACAACAGAAUUACCAAACCUAACCAUUGACAGUGACAGUGAUUUCCCAUCACCAUCGCCCCAAAAAUUGAGAAUCAGUGCUCCAGCUAAAUUGACUAGUUCAAAAAAACAAAAAAACAAAAUUAAUACAGUAUCUCAAAACAAAAAAUUUAAUAAUGAAAAAACUCCACCAACCAAAAGAAUUGACAAAAAUGGCUUGGGAUGGAGAAUACCUACAGAAUUACGUCCAAAAAAAAAAAAAAAUAUUCCAAAAGGAAAAAGUAUGCAAGCUGAAAAGACUCAAACUAGUGUAUUUUCCAGAAAUUCGUCUACAGUUUUUGAAACCCCCCAGAGUUCUUUAGCUGAUCCUGUAGUGCUACAAAAAAUUGCAUGUACUGGAAUGAAAAGAAGGUGAUAUUAUAUUCUAACACUUUUUAUUAUUAUUUAAUGUAUUACAUAUUAUUAGACAAUUUUAUUAUUACAGUGAAGUAGCCAAUAUAAAGUUGGCUAUACAAAAUUUAGGAAAAUUUACUUUUGAUGAUAAAGUGAAGCCAUCAACCACUUAUUUAAUUACCAAAUCACAUGCAGAUAGAACAUUAAACAUGGUAUUUGCAAUGGCCUUUGGGUGUUACAUUGUUUCUGAAAAAUGGGUAAGAAUACUUUUAAAAAAUAAUAUGUUAAUUGCGGUUUACUUGGUAAUUAACUAGAAAUAUUAUUUCUUUAAUGCGGACCACCCAAUAUCUAAAAUCAUCAUUGAUAGCAUAAAGAAAAAUUAUCAAAUUUAAAAUUAAAUCCAACUUUUAUUUUGGCAUAAAACCAUAUUGAUUUGUGAUGCUGAAUUUACAUUAAAACUGAUCAUAAUAAAACUUUAAUUAUUAUCAUGGAUUUGCUUUAUUAUGAAAAAAAUAAAAAUAAAAAAAAUACUAAAGGCCAUGCAUUAUUAUUUUAAAACUUACAAUAUUUACAAGUCAAGAUUUCUAGAUUACCUGGAAAUAAGAAACAAAUACUGUAAAUAAUAUGUAUAGUAUCAAAUCACUGAUUUAAAGAUAUGAUUACCAUGUAUAGUGUUGUAUCAUACUUUAUUAAUUGAAAAAAAUGUUCUUAUUAUAUUGAUGGUAAGUUUAAUUUUCCAUUAAGAGUUUUAAUUUAUCGAUAUAGAGUAGAGCUACAGGAAGUAAUCAGUAUGUCAAUUCCACAUAAUCAAUAAAUAUCAAGUGCUCCAACUAAUAAUUAUUAUUAAACUAUGCUAUUAUUUUGUUUACUUUCAUGUUCUUGAAUUAUAAAAUUGCACUAACACAAGUAUAGAUAAGUCAUGUAAAGAAAAAAAAUGAUUUCUAUAAUAUAUAUAAAUAUAUAUAUGUAGUAUUUCAUAGAAAAUCAGGUAAUUUUGGUUUUAGAACAAAAUCAAUAUAAUUAAUAUAUCAUUAAAAAUGUAAAGAGUACAAUAUUUCAUAGGGCAAGACAGUGCAUUUUCCUACUAUUCUAAUUAUUAUUCCUGAUAAAACAUUCAAUAUAUUAAUUAGAAAUAAAAAUUCAUAGUUUUUAAAUAUUUCAAAAAAUAAUCACAUUGUCUUGUCCUCCUGAAUAUUGUGCUCAUUUAAUUUUUAUAAUAGGUGCUUUUAUUCUUAAAUCAAAAUUAAGCGGGUUAAUUGGACUGAGAAAACACAUGAGGGUAUAAUGUCCUUUUAAACUAUAUUCAAAGUUCAAUACAUUGUUUAAAUAUAUAUAUAAUAAAUUUUCAAUUUAUUUUUCAGAUACAUGAAUCAAACAUAAUUGGAAAAUGGAUUCCUCAUCAACCAUAUUUGAUUACAAAUCUAUCAGAACCAGUUAAAGUAAUAAUUCUAAAUUAACUUAUAUUUUAUUUGUGAUUAAUUUUAAUAUCAUUUAUUUAAGAAAUUUCAAGCACGACGUCAAAUGUUUGGUUCAUUAUUAACAUUUCAUAUAUUUGAUGAUGCCGGUAGCAUAUACAUAUCAAAUACCUGUGAACCAUCAGCUAGACAACUAAAACGACUAGUACGGGCUUGUGGUGGCCAAUGUACAAAUAAUGAGACAACAGCUAAUAUAGUGGUUGGUUAUACAUUUCUGGGGAUUGGUAAUAUCCAUGAAAAAUGGAUAUUAGAUUGUAUAACUCAAGGUGUAUUGCUAAAUAAGAAUAAGUAUGCAUUAGUUGAUAGCAAUAUUAUUACAUAAAUGUUAUAAUAUAAUGCUGGUUUGUAUUUAAAUUAUGACAACAAUAGUAAAACGUUAUAAAUUAGAUACAAACCCGCGUCUUUAAAAUAUUCAUACUUGUUUUUCUUUAGUUAAUUUAUAUAUAUAUAUAUCUAUAGGGAAGGGCUUCUAUUUUAAAUAAUGUAAUAGUAGUAGUGUAUACUCUUAACAUUGGUAAUACAUAAAAAUUAAAAUAAUAACCACUAAUUUAUAAUAUUAAUACAUUUUUCAUUCUACUUUUAAUUAUGUUUUAUAUCUUGACAUUUUGACACAAUUUUGUUUGUAACUUAAAAAAUUUCUACCCUAAAUUGUUUUAUUAUUAUUAUUUUAUCUUAUUGUUACUUUCUACAUUAUAUUUUUAGCAAAAUAUAAAAUACUUUUCUAUUUAAUUUUUCAUUGUGAGUUUUCAUCUAUUUU